UACCUUCUCCUUGACCCCCGUCUCCCUCCCUGCAGCGAGCGCACCGAUGGCGGCCUCCAAGCCCGUGGACGCGCAGGCCGGUACCGGCCUGUCCCGGUGGCAGCUGGCGCUCGCCAUCGGCGCCCCCGUCCUGCUGGGGGCCGGUGCCAUCUACCUCUGGAAUAAGAGGUCGGUGGCGAAGCGGAGCGAGAGGAAAGCGCCAGAGGGCAGCUCCAGCCCCGUGCCGAAGGAGGGAGGCGAUCGUGUGGAGAAUCCGACGGACAGUCUGAGUGUGUUGGACCGGGCGCAAGCCGCAAAGAAUAAAGGAAACAAAUAUUUUAAAGCUGGAAAAUAUGAACAAGCUAUUCAAUGUUAUACUGAGGCAAUAAGCCUAUGCCCUUUGGAACAGAAGCAAGACCUUUCAACAUUUUACCAGAAUCGGGCUGCAGCAUUUGAACAGCAGCUAAAAUGGAAAGAAGUUGUGCAGGACUGCUCCAAGGCUGUAGAACUCAACCCCAAGUACAUAAAGGCACUGUACCGGCGAGCAAAGGCUUAUGAGAAACUAGAUAAUAAGAAGGAGUGCUUGGAAGAUGUUACCGCUGUUUGUAUCCUGGAAGGAUUCCAAAACCAACAAAGUAUGCUGCUUGCUGACAAAGUCCUUAAGCUACUUGGAAAGGAGAAAGCUAAAGAAAAAUAUAAGAAUCGAGAGCCUCUGAUGCCCUCCCCACAGUUCAUCAAGUCAUAUUUUAAUUCGUUCACUGAUGAUAUCAUCUCACAGCCUUUGCUAAAAGGUGAAAAGCCUGAUGAAGACAAAGACAAAGAGGGUGAAGCUGCUGAUGUCACGAGAACAGGAAGAUCUGGCUACCAGAAGGCAAAACAGUACAUGGAGGAAGAGAACUAUGAUAAAAUUAUUAGUGAAUGCACAAAAGAGAUAGAGACAAAAGGAAAAUAUAUGGCAGAAGCCUUGUUGCUUCGGGCUACCUUCUACCUGCUAAUAGGCAAUGCAGCAGCCGCUCAACCUGACCUUGAUAUGGUUGUUAGUAUGGAAGAUGCAAAUGUGAAACUGCGUGCUAAUGCAUUGAUCAAGCGUGGAAGCAUGUACAUGCAGCAGCAACAGUCGCAGCUGUCCACGCAAGAUUUCAACAUGGCUGCUGAUAUUGAUCCUCAAAAUGCUGACGUUUAUCAUCAUCGAGGACAGUUGAAGAUCUUACUUGAUCACGUGGAGGAAGCUGUUGAUGAUUUUGAUGAGUGCAUUAGACUUCGUCCAGACUCUGCUCUAGCACAGGCACAGAAGUGCUUUGCUUUGUAUCGCCAAGCCUACACAGGAAGCAAUCCUUUGCAGAUCCAGGUGGCUGUAAAAGGUUUUGAAGAUGUUAUUAAAAAAUUUCCCAAGUGCGCAGAAGGUUAUGCAUUAUAUGCACAGGCUUUAACUGACCAGCAACAUUUUAGUAAGGCGGACGAAAUGUACGAUAAAUGCAUUGAACUGGAACCAGACAAUGCAACAACGUAUGUUCACAAAGGCUUGCUUCAGCUGCAGUGGAAGCAGGAUUUGGAUAAAGGCUUGGAACUAAUCAGCAAAGCCAUCGAGAUCGACAAUAAAUGUGAUUUUGCAUACGAGACCAUGGGUACUAUUGAAGUCCAGAGAGGAAAUCUGACAAAGGCUAUCGAAAUGUUCAACAAGGCCAUCAACCUGGCCAAGUCAGAAAUGGAGAUGGGCCAUCUUUAUUCCCUUUGUGAUGCUGCAUAUGCACAGACAGAAGUUGCUAAAAAAUAUGGAUUGAAGCCCCCAACACUGUGAUUUUAAAGAAAUUACAGCAUGAUUCCCAUUCUUCUGUUAAGCCUCUGAGUCAUUUUCCAAACUGCUGAAUGCCACCGUGAUGUUUGUGAUAUUUGGUAAUGUCUUCUGUAUAGGUGCGUCAGCGGUUGAUGAUGAAUGUGUGCAAAAUAAAUUGCACUCAAGCUGGCCUAUAAACUGGCACCAAGCAAAAUAUUUGUUUUACACAAUCAGGCCACAAACGUCCUAUAAUAAUUUUCAUGAUAUUUUUUUUUAAAAGGAGACUGAUGUACAGUACAGGUUUGGAGCUCCCCUUUAAAAAGUAUGUUGUGAUAUACAGACAAAUAAAUAAAUAAAAUCAUCAAAAUUGUGAUUUUCAUAUUGUCUACCGUUUGAAGGCAAUGGGCAAAAGUAAGUUUGCAAUCCUGUUGGCGUUGUUAAAUCUUUCCUUUUUGACUGCAUCAAAUAUCUAAGGCUGAUUCUGGUGGUCAUAUUUAAAAGAUUGAGCAUGCAGUAGAUAGUGUCCAACUUGAAUUGGUAGUUUUGAUACUGCCUGCAUUCAUCAAUAACUAAUUCAGUUAUAAUAUGCUGAAAAAGCCUUU